AUGAAGCCAAAUAUUUCAGGUCCUUUUGAUGUUAUUAGCUCAGAGGCAGCAGCCAAUUUUGAAGCAGUGUUCUCUGAAGAUGAGAUUUGUGCAGCUCUUAAAGCUUGCGAUGGGAACAAGGUCCCCGGACCAGAUGGCUUUAAUCUUGCAUGCAUCCAAAAGUGUUGGCCUGUUAUGAAAAGUGAGAUAAUUCAAAUGAUUCAUGAAUUUCACACAAAUGCUAAACUAUCAAGUGGGGUUAAUAGUUCCUUCAUUGCGCUUAUUCUGAAGAAGGAUAAUCCUUCAGGAUUGGGAGACUAUAGGCCAAUUAGUUUGUCAGCAUUUGUCAGUGGUAGGCAUAUCCUAGAUGGUGUGUUGAUAGCAAAUGAAGUGGUAGAUGGGUGGCACAAAGCCAAGAAUAAAGGCAUCAUUCUGAAAUUGGAUUUUGAAAAGGCCUAUGACUCAUUAAAUUGGGAAUUUUUGCUACCAAUGUUGGGUAAAUUUGGUUUUGGUGCAAAGUGGAUUAGGUGGAUGAAGACUUGCAUUAUAACAACUAUGGUGUCUAUAUUAGUCAAUGGUGCACCCAUUGAGGAGUUUCAACCACAGAAAGGGUUAAGGCAAGGUGAUCAUUUAUCUCCAUUUUUGUUCAUUGUUGCAGUUGAAGGUCUUAAUCUCUUGUUGGAAAGGGCAAUAGAGAAGGGCCUAAUUAAGGGUGCUUCAGUUGGCUUUGAUCAGUUGGCUGAAGGUCUUAAUCUCUUGUUGGAAAGGGCAAUAGAGAAGAGCCUGAUUAAAGGUGCUUCAGUUGGCUUUGAUCAGUUGGGUAUUUCACAUCUUCAAUUUGCAGAUGAUACUAUCAUUUUUUGUGAAGGCUUGCUUUUAGGGGCCAAUCCCAGAAGAAAAAGCACAUGGUCUCCAGUAGUGGAUAAGUUUCAGAAGAAGCUCUCUUCUUGGAAGAGGAAAUUGUUGUCUUUUGCUGGUAAAUUGACUUUGAUUAAAUCAGCCCUGUCCAAUUUGCCAAUCUAUUUUCUUUCCAUCUUAAAAAUGCCAAAGGGGGUUGUCAAGUCUAUAUCAAAACUUCAGGCCAAUUUGUUGUGGGAAGGUUCUGCUACCAACACGAAAGUGCACAUGGUCAAAUGGAAGGAGGUCACAAAUAGCAAGAAUCAAGGAGGUUUGGGAGUGAGGGACCUAGGUGAGGCAAAUGAAUGCUUGCUGUUGAUGUGGUGGUGGAGGUAUGGCAGUGAUGAUAAAGCUCUAUGGAAAUCUGUGAUCUAUUCUAGGUAUGGCAGAAUUAGUGGGGGAUGGACACCUACAAUGAAUCAGUCAGUAGGGGUCUCAAUAGUUUGGAAGGAUAUUUCGCAGCUAUUUGUGGCUAAUCAACAACUGGGUGAAUUUUUUGGAGACUAA